UCCCAAGCUAUAAAACCAACAACGAGUCCUCAAGGAGAUAUUCUAAGUAUCAAUCAUUCUUAAGCAACUCGAAAGGAAAGUACUCGCACAGAAUUCAUCUUUUCUUAGCACUCAUCGAUGGCUUCAAUGAUGAUGAAAGCACCCGGAGCCCUUAACUGCGGGGCAGUCAAAACGAAUAGUGUGGGUCAUAUCAGUAGAUUGCCCAACAGUAGCCUCAAAGUCAAGUGCAUGGCUGCAAAGGAUCCAAAGGAAACGUCCUCUACUGAAGGCGUUUCUGCUUCAAGCUCUACCAAGGUGAGCACGAAAUUUGGCGACCUGUUUGCGUUCUCAGGGCCUGCGCCGGAGAUCAUCAAUGGAAGGGCGGCUAUGUUGGGGUUCGUGUCUGCCAUUGCAGUGGAGGUGGCCAGCGGAAGAGAUUUGCUGUCGCAAUUGAAUAGUGGAGGACUGUCGUGGUUUGCGUUAACUGCAGGAUUAAUGACGGUGGGGACACUGGUGCCCCUGUUCAAUGGAAUAUCGAGGGAGAGCACGUCGCAGCCAAUAUUUUCAUCCACAGCAGAAAUGUGGAAUGGGCGCUUUGCUAUGCUCGGCCUCCUCGCAUUGGCUUUCACUGAAUACGUCAAGGGUGGACCGCUUGUAUAAACACCUUAAUAUCUAUUUCUAUUCAAGCACAAGCUCCAGUAUUGGAAGCUCUCGCAUGGCAUUCCAUGUUCCAGUGGAAUUUUCUUGUACCGUUUAGCAUGUCAUACAGUUCAAUUAUACAAAACCUUGUAAAAAUAUUCAAUCUUAUACUAUAAAGAAAGUUUGAGUUCAACGACUA